AUGGAUACCCAAUCUGCUCUAAACAAUGUUCUAAAAAAACUGAAUUUCAUUUAUUUGGUUCUAGGUCUUUCAUAUGAUAGUGCUAAUGCUACGCGAAAAGCGAAACUAAAACAACAUUUUAUAUAUGUUUUGAACUUCUUCUGGCUCAAUUCUGAUGUACUAGGAGCUAUUUGGUGGUUUGUUAAUGGAGCUUUGAAUGGAAAAUCGUUCGUACAACUAACAUAUGUAGCUCCUUGCGUUACGUUCAGUUUAUUCGCGAAUAUCCGAGCAUAUACCCUCAUACACUACGAAGCUUAUGUAAGCGAAUUAAUAAAUUCACUGAGAUCGUUAGAAGAAGUUGAAAAUGCAAGGAAAAGGACGAUGGAAAGAGAUGAAAUUAUCGUUAAAGAUGUUAAAUUCUUGAACGCAGUCAUAAAUAUAUCGAAUAUUCUAAAUUUCGGACUCAUUGCGACGUUUUUUAUGAGCCCCUUAAUUUUGAUCGUUGUGAAGUAUUUGAAAACAAAUCAAUGGGAUCUCUUGCUCCCGUUUCUUAUUAUUUAUCCCUUUGAUUCUCAUGAUAUAAGAUAUUGGCCGUUUGUGUACUUACAUCAGCUGUGGUCAGAGUCCAUAGUAGUAUUAAACAUUUGCAGUACAGAUUAUCUACUAUACAUUUGCUGUGUGUUCAUACGCAUACAGUUUCGCCUUUUACAAUAUGAUUUUACAAGAAUUGUGGGGAAAGCAAGUGUAGAUUUCGAUAAUGAAGCAUUCACAAGAGAACUCGUAAAACUUGUGAAAUGGCACCAGGAAUUAAUUCGGUUAUCAGCAAUAUUGGACACAGUGUACGCAAAGUCGACGCUGUUCAAUUUUGUGGCCAGCUCUAUUCUUUUGUGUCUCACUGGAUUCAAUGUAAUGGCGAUGGAAGAUAAGACGCUGGCAUGCACUUUCUUAGUAUUCCUGUCCGCUAGCUUGUUGCAGAUAUUCUUCGUAUGUUUCUUCGGUGAUUUGCUUAUGAAGUCUAGUACGGAUGUUAGUUACGCAAUAUAUGAGAGCAAGUGGUACUUGGCCAAUUCAUCCGCUGAAAAUAAUUUGCACAUCGUACAAAUAAGAGCUCAGAAGCCUUGCAAGCUUACAGCGUUCGGUUUUGCUGACGUCAAUUUAAGAUCUUUUAUGAGCAUUUUAAGCACGGCCUGGUCGUAUUUUGCUCUAUUGAAGACACUAUACAAUCCAAAUAAAGCUUAAUAAGUCAAAGCUAUAUUGAGCAACAU